AUGAACAGGCACGCGUGCGCUUGAUGAAAUCGUAAACAUAUGGCCAGUUAACGCUUGCUUACACAGGAUAUAUUACAUAUCAGCGGGAAUAGAUAUAUAUAUAUUCUUCGAAAUAAGUAACCAAUUCUGUACCAGCAUUUAUGAAUAUCAUUAUCGAACUUGGAAUUUAGAGUUGGUGGUUUUUCUUUUCUAUCUCUCUUUCUGUGCAGCAAGAUGUUUCAGAGCUGGAGACUUUCCACGUUGUCGUCGGCGUUUCUUUAUAUUUCGUCUACUAUCCUUCUGUUGCUAUCGACAUGUUUCCACGACGUCGGGGCGGUAUACGAGCCGGCGUUCGAGACCAGGCCGUGGGCAGACUUUAUGACUACGAUCCUUUUAAUGCCUGGAGGCCAGGAGUGUUUUUACCAAGAUGCAAAAGUUGGAAAUAAUCUCAAUUUUGAAUAUCAGCUUACAAGUAAAGACUCUAAACCAAGCCUCAAUGCUUUGGUCAAGGGACCAAGAGGAAUAGUAUUAUAUGAUAACAGGGUUUCCAAUAUGGGAAUAUUCCACCAUACUACGGAAUAUAAAGGUGCCUACCAGUUUUGCAUUGAAAACAACUACAAGAAAUACUACGUGAAAUAUGUCAAGAUUUACCUCUCGAUUACAGACAAAGAAAGGCUGGAGAACUACUACAAACUAGAAGAUGAUCUACAAGAAACAUACGGAAAUCUAUCGCAAACCUUACAGAAGUUGACGAUGUCGAUCCGGGUAAUGCGACGGUAUCAACAGUGGAGCGGUAUACGGGAAACACGGGACAGGGAACUAUUAGAAGCCAACCAAAGUUACGUAUCAACAUGGUCCAGUCUUCAGUGUCUGGUGGUCGUGGGCGCCGCCAUGAUUCAGGUCUAUUUUCUCAGAAGUUUCUUCCAUACAGCUAAACUGACGCCCACGCAGAAACCAAGGUGCUAGAGCUAGAAUUGUCUUUAGUAGAUUCGAAAAUCCAAAUUUGAAAUAUUUAAAAAGUUAUUAUGUAGGGCUGUGUUUCAUGAAAUGACUUUGUUGAAACCACAAGUGACGAUAGGAGUGGGAGUAGAAUAUUUAAGCCCCGGGCAGGGGACAACCGCCCCUAUAGUUUUUCAAGUAAUGAUUAAAGAAGGGGCAGAAAAAAGGGGAGAAAAAAAGAAUAUAGAAGGAUUGAGUAGCAUAAAUAAUAGGGAUCUGUGUCGUGUAACUUCAUACACUGUAAAAAAAAAUAUUGGGUAAAAUUUUACCAACACGAGUGUACUUAUGUGUCCAGCUAAUUUGGGGCAGUAUUUUACCCAAUACGGGAAGCAUAUUUCCCCUAAAGGUUAAAAAUCUAAGUAGCAAUUACUUUAGAAUGGACAAAAUUUUCAUCACAUUCGAUAAAUAAAAAUCCCCAAAAGAAAUGCCCAAUGUUGGUUGGACACCUAAUUACCCUCAUGGAGCACUUUUACCCAAUAAAUUUUUGGAGCUUACCCCUAUAAUUAAAUCGAUACAAAAUAUAUAUGCCAUCACGUUAGGUCAUCUCCCCCCCCCCCCCCAUCAAAAUAUUUUGGCGUCCCCCAGAGACGGCGUGCAGUAUUUUAGCGUUGAAUGCAUCGCUCAAAUAUUAUGUUUGCAAUUAACCGCCAUCAUCAUGAUCAUGAAUGUGAGUUAUUUGCGUAAAUCAAUGGCGCGUAUUUCACAUUACUCGGGGUUUUUUGUUACUUUAAAUCUUAAAUUUCUACUUUGUGAACUAUGAUGAGAAUCUUUGUGAACUCUGAUGAGAGUAUAAUAGUAAUCGGUAUAAUAUGCAAUUCAUCAUGAUUACAUGAAACCAAAAUAAAUGAAUAGAUAAACGAUGUGAUUAUGUAAAUGCUUCGAAUUAUGCAAUUUCGAUCAAUAUAUACUUUUCUUUUCUUACAAUAAUCUUCAAAUCCAGUUAUGGAAAAUGAAAGUGGAAUGCUUUUUCCCAUGAUUUUUUUUAAUCGAAAUUUUAAAUUCAACCAUUUUACAUUCAGCAAUCAUUGUGAUAACAUUUAUAGAUAUUUUUUUCUCGUAGAAACGUUAUAGUAGAGAAGUACUCCGUUUUACCCUUUUUUGCAUUAUGACUCAGUAACGUCAGUAUUAUUCCUGCCUCUAGAUAUUUUUGAUUUUUAAAACACUGUCAAAUAUGUUCUUAUAGCAGAAGUCUAUUCAAGUAUAUCAUUAUAUUGAUCAAGUGCAUAGUGUAAGUGUCUAGUGCCUAAUCUGAAUCUAUGAUCCUCAUAUUGAUAAGUGCGAGUAUUUUUAACCACCCGUCGAUUACUCCAUUGUAUAUAAAGAUAUUGGUUAACAUUGAUUUGACUUUGACAUAAAAAAAAAAACCUGAGCUGUAAGAUUCAAUGUUACACCUUUGUAAGUGCAGAUAUGAUGUAAAAGAAGUAAAUAAAUAAAGAAGCCCUGAAAUAAUGCACCCGAAAAUCAUUAUACCAUGUAUAUAGUGCUUCACAAAGGAAAAAACUCCGAGUCACCGAUAACACCAUCCCAAAAUUAUCCAUACACUACGUGUUUUACAACAGGUGUAAAUGUUAAUUGAUGUAAAUGUUAAUUUUCCCGUUACAGAUAUCUGUCUUGAAACUGUCUGUACGAACGUCUUUUAUUUUCAUUCAGGGCGUUUUUUUUUAUAAUCAUACGAAGAAUACUAAGUACAUCAACUUCUGUGCAAUGUUGACCAAUGUCUUUAAACACAAUUUUAACCAUGUCUUCCAACUAUAAGUGUCUUUGUCAAAAGGGUUAGUCCACUAAAAAAACAAGUUGAUGUUGAUAAAUUUUGUGCAAUAUUACUGGAAUUCUAUGCUUUCAUUAUCUUAAAAUCUAUAUGUAAUAUUUCAAGUAAGUUUACAUCUUUUUUAUGUUACAAGUCUUCAUAGAUAUCGCAAUUUAAAAUUCCUUUUUUUCACUUUAAUCUAGUGUCAUAUUUUGUUUCAUCAAUAUAUGUUUCUUUCUACUUAUGGUGCAAUAUUCUAUGGUGCGUUAGAAGUGUCGCAUUUCAGUUUAAAAGGUCAACUUGUUAUUUAUAUGGGUUUUUCCAGUUUUUUCCCUCCGUUUAUAUGGAUACAUAUUUGAAAUUUACCUUUAAUAGUCGUGGAAUAUUUUAAUCUGAUUUCUAUGAUUUCCGUCAUUUAUUUCACCGCUGAUUAGUUUUCAAAACAAUCUGUCAUGAGCUCAAAGACAUAUAGUUUUAAUGACAGUAGCUAGAUGAAUAUGGAUCAUGAUUAUGUUUUUCUCUCUUUUUUCUGUUUCUGAUUUCUUGCAAUAAUUAAAGCAAAAUAUUUACAUUUAAAAAGGCU